CCAGGCUCUCUCCAUGUGAUAAACAAAAAUGGCGGUCAAGUUGAUGCGCGGGAAUUUUUGAUCCCCAACUUAAUUUUAAACGCUGUUUUUUUAUGUUAUUUUGCUUUAAGGUGUAGAAUAUUGGUAUUUUUAAGUUUUAGAAAUCCUAUUUUCUGUUGUGAUGGAGAGUAUUUUGCUUGUGGAGCGGCUAAAACAGGCCAUUCAAGACGAUUUCAAAGGUAAGAGAGACGAAUUGGAGAAAGUAAAACAAGAAAAAAAGCAAUUAGCAGACAAGAAUGACACUCUUAACCAACUGAAUAAAGAACUCAACAAAGAUAAUGUCAGUUUGACUAAGACUCUAAAAGACUUGAAAGAGAAGUAUGAUCAUUUACACGGAAAACUGAAAAGGAAACAAGAUGAGAUAAAGAAGAAAGAUCAGUGGUGGGACAAGUACAGAUUUACUGCUGAAACUAUGAUUAAAAAACUAAGAACUCAAGGAUCAUUUUCACCUGAAGUUUUACACAAAGUCAGUAGAGAUCUUGUCAAUAUCAU